AUGAUCAUCUUGAUCGACGAGUUUGAAGUACCCUCACAGGAGGUAAACAAAUGUAAAAAGGAAACCAUAAAAUACGGGAGUGUAUGUAUUGCUCCCAAGCGUGAGGACGAGUCCUUUAAACUCCUAGGAUUUCUUGAUGUUAAAAGUGUCCCAUGUGCACGAGAAUCGGUGCUCUAUGGCUCCCUGGGAUCUUUAGUUGUCGGUCUUGGACAUUUUGUAGCAACUAGUAGAGUUAGAAGAUCUUGUGACUUUGCAGUCGGUGGCUUUAUUUGCACAAUGUUGGGAUACUGGUUUUACUGCAGGUACAAUUUGGCCCAACACAGAAUCCGGCAAAGAAUGCUUAAAGAAGGAAUGAGAAACAAAAUUUUAUUUGAAGGCAGUUCCCUUGAUCCAGAAAGAAAACAGACUGGCAAUGAAAGAAGCGAUUCAUAG